AUGGUAAAACUUGAAAAUUGGGCUAGUUGGGUAACGCUUACAUUGACAUCAUUAAAUGUAAUUUUAGGAGCAGCGUUGCUUUAUUAUUUAAUUAAAGUAAAGAAGCAGCCAUUCUUUCUUUCUGCUACGAGAGAAAGAGGCAUUAUCAGGCCUAGACCUGUACAUUCAUUUCAGUUGAUAGCUUUACUUUAUAAUGCUGUGUUACUAUUUAAUGUGAUAUGCUUGAUCACCGAAUCAUAUCCUUACGUCAUUUUCGCAGAAUUGGGUCAUUUUUUACCGCUUGCAGUAUGCGUUUCACUUGCAAUUUUCUGCCCAAUAAGCCUAAUUUAUUCGACACCAAACAUUGGAUGUUCCAACGCGUUUACAAAUACAACAUUUAUAGAUGUAAUGGCAUUUUUUUUUAUGAUUAAUCCAUAUUUAUUGAUCUUACCAACAGCAUUACUAUCCGGAUAUUAUGCUGAUAGGGAUGAUAUUGAAACCGCAAUGCUUUAUUUUAAAAUAAAUUUCAUAAGUUGGACAAUUGUUUCCAUCGCAUACUUUCUUCUGGUGGUUUAUUUUUAUCAUAAGCUUAUUAGCGUGAUUAAUUGCCAAAUUAAAAAUCAGGUGGAAAGUCAAGGAAGCAUACAAAAGAUUGGUUCCAAUAUCAUCUGUAGUAAUUCUGAUAUCAAUACUUGGAAAAGGGCAAAGAGAAAUGUUCUAGCGGCAUUUUUACCAACAAGAAGUCGAUACGCAAUUUUGAAUCUCGAGAAUGUCAAAUUAAUCGAAUUGAAAUGA